UGCGCCUCCGCGUCCCGGGGCCGGUGGCGGCCGCGGGGAGCUCGCGGGGCCCGGGCCGCCCCCCGCCCCAGCCCGCCGGGCCCCGCCCCCCGCCGAGUGCAUGAGGUUGACGCUACUUUGUUGCACCUGGAGGGAAGAACGUAUGGGAGAGGAAGGAAGUGAGCUGCCCGUGUGUGCGAGCUGCGGCCACAGGAUCUACGACGGCCAGUACCUCCAGGCCCUGGACGCUGACUGGCACGCCGACUGCUUCAGGUGCUGUGAGUGCGGCGUGGCGCUGGCCCAGCAGUACUACGAGAAGGAUGGCCAGCUCUUCUGCAAGAAGGACUACUGGGCGCGCCACGGCGAGUCGUGCCACGGCUGCUCCGAGCACAUCACCAAGGGGCUGGUCAUGGUCGCCGGGGAGCUGAAGUACCACCCCGAGUGCUUCAUCUGCCUCACGUGCGGGACCUUCAUCGGGGACGGGGACACAUACACGCUGGUGGAGCACUCCCGGCUGUACUGUGGACACUGCUACUACCAGACCGUCGUGACCCCCGUCAUCGAGCAGAUCCUGCCCGACUCCCCCGGCUCCCACCUGCCCCACACCGUGACCCUCGUGUCCAUCCCCGCCUCCGCACACGGCAAGCGGGGCCUGUCCGUGUCCAUCGACCCCCCGCACGGCGCCCCGGGUUGUGGCCCCGAGCACAGCCACACGGUCCGGGUGCAGGGAGUGGACCCAGGCUGCAUGAGCCCGGAUGUGAAGAAUGCCAUCCACGUGGGGGACCGGGUGCUGGAGAUUAAUGGCACACCCAUCCGCAACGUGCCCCUGGACGAGAUUGACCUGCUGAUCCAAGAGACCAGCCGCCUGCUGCAGCUGACACUCGAGCAUGACCCCCACGACACGCUGGCCCCCGGCCUGGGCCCCGAGCCCAGCCCCCUGGCCUCCCCAGCCCCCACGUCCGGCGGGGAGGCGGGCAGCGUGACCCGGCAGAAGCCCGUCCUGAGGAGCUGCAGCAUCGACACGUCCCCGGGAGCUGCCCCGUCGGCCUCCCCCCGCAAGGACCUUGGCCGCUCCGAGUCCCUGCGGGUGGUCUGCCGGCCACACCGCAUCUUCCGGCCCUCCGACCUCAUCCACGGGGAGGUGUUGGGCAAGGGCUGCUUCGGCCAAGCCAUCAAGGUGACUCACCGGGAGACAGGCGAGGUGAUGGUGAUGAAGGAACUGAUCCGCUUCGACGAGGAGACGCAGAGGACGUUCCUCAAGGAGGUGAAAGUCAUGCGCUGCCUGGAGCACCCCAACGUGCUGCGGUUCAUCGGGGUCCUCUACAAGGACAAGCGGCUCAACUUCAUCACCGAGUACAUCAAGGGCGGCACCCUCCGGGGCAUCAUCAAGAGCAUGGACAGCCAGUACCCCUGGGCCCAGAGGGUGGGCUUCGCCAAGGACAUUGCUUCCGGCAUGGCCUACCUCCACUCCAUGAACAUCAUCCACCGGGACCUCAACUCACACAACUGCCUGGUCCGCGAGAACAAGAACGUGGUGGUCGCCGACUUCGGGCUGGCUCGGCUCAUGGUGGACGAGAAGACACAGCCCGAGGACCUGCGCAGCCUCAAGAAGCCAGACCGUAAGAAGCGCUACACGGUGGUGGGCAACCCCUACUGGAUGGCACCCGAGAUGAUCAACGGCCGGAGCUACGACGAGAAGGUGGACGUCUUCUCCUUUGGAAUUGUCCUGUGUGAGAUCAUUGGGCGGGUGAACGCUGACCCCGACUACCUGCCCCGCACCAUGGACUUCGGCCUCAACGUCCGGGGCUUCCUGGACCGCUACUGCCCCCCCAGCUGCCCUCCGAGCUUCUUCCCCAUAACCGUGCGCUGCUGCGAUUUGGACCCUGAGAAGAGGCCCUCCUUUGUGAAGCUGGAGCAGUGGCUGGAGACCCUCCGUCUGCACCUGGCCGCCCACCUGCCGCUGGGACCACAGCUGGAGCAGCUGGACAGGGGCUUCUGGGAGACGUACCGGCGUGGCGAGAGCACCCUGCCUGCCCACCCCGAGGUGCCCGACUGAGUCCCCCGCGGGUGGUGGCCGCUGGAACCGAAGCCCCGCCCCUCCCCCUCCCGCCUGCGCACCCACCAUGGGCUCCAAGGGGGGGCCAGCAUCCCACUUUCUUGCAUGGGGGGAGGGGCUGUGAGCCGCACCCCAUGCCCACCGCCCCAAUGUCCGGCAUCCCCCUCCCCUACCUCCCGGCCGCCACCCCCACCCCGGCCAGCUCUUUUGGGGGGCAGGAAGGCAGGAGUGGCAGAGAAGGACCUCGUCCCGGGUGCCACCAGGGGGCCCCCACCCCCAGGUGCUUAGGUAGCAGCAGGUAUGGAUCAUUCUCCAGUCCUGCCCCCCCCACACUGUGGGGGUUCCCCCCUCCCCCUUGCUCUGGGUCAUUUCAUUUCUUUAUUGAAGCCACUUUAGUGAGAAGCAGGUACCAGGCCUCAGGGUAAAGGCGGAGACCCCCGCGGGGCAGCAGCCGGAGGCGAGCUCGAGGCUGGCUCGUAGCUGGGGGCCCACCAGCAUCGCAGCCCCACGUUCAUCUCAGUCCCCCCCACCCCCCGCCGGGCCCCCAGCCCGCCCCCACCCCUGGGUUCUUUCUGUGUAAUCUAUUUUUUAAGAAGAGUUUGUAUUAUUUUUUCAUACGGCUGCCACAGCAGCUGCCGGGAGCUUGAGGGGGGGGUCUUCUUUUGGGGGGGAGGGCGGGGGUGGGGGGGCCAUUCUCUCACUUUGCCUCACCUCGAACAUCCGGGAAGUAUUAAAACUGUGAAGCCUCUCGGCAUGCUCGGAUCCUGGAACCUGAGUCCGGACAGGCCCCGCAGCCGGGCAGCGGGCAGCUCCGCCAGGACCCCAGCUGCCCGCGUGCCGCACCCACACAGUUCAAUAAAGAUUCCGUCCUCCCCUC